AGCAAGAAACUUAAAGCUAAUAUAGCCAUGCUGACUGAAAUAAAAUUGCAAUUUGAGAAGAUAAUUGACAUUUCAACUGAAGAGAAUAAGAAACUUAAAGCUAAAGUUGUUGAUAAUGAAAUGGUAAUUGCUAAACUGACAAAAGAGAAUUUACAACUAAAGGAAGAGUUGUCAAUGAAAGAUAUUUCAACUGAUACUAAGAGUAUUCAAUGUGAUUACUGGACUAAAGCAGAAUUACCAUUUGAUGGUAUGGUAACAUUGGGUAAGAAGGUGUGUCUGUAUAAUGCUAACAGUAGUUAUGAGUUACAGUUGGAUGAAUGUGGUCUUACCCUCUCUCUACCUGAUGGACUCUUCUUUCCAGUGGAUAGCACUGUCCAUGAAGCUGCUGCUCAAGGUCUAUGGGGUGGAGAUUUUGAGUUCCCUGGAGGCACACAUCUGAUCAGUAGUGUGUGUUACAUAUCUGUGUCUCCUACUGUUCCUGAACUGGAUAAACCAGUGACUGUGCAGCUAGUACAUUGUAGAUACAAUAGUGGGUCUUUCCUCUACAACCGUUUGAGAACUAUCCCACCGCUGCCACCAAAAAUGUAA